AUAGAGUCAAUUAUUCCAGAUAUGGCUCGGCAUAUAUGCUAGAAAUGACCGCAUUGGAAAGUACGCACCCAGGAAUUCGUGAAGAAAUCUCUAAGAACUUUGCUGUUCAGCGUCAAAGCAGACAUGGUUUCUCUGCAGUUGCAUGUGACCAGACAAUAGAGCAGACUGCAAACAGGGAUUCUAAAACGAAAGGUGGUUUGAUUGGGUUUUCAAUGAAUCGUUCAACUGUUCAUAGAUGGCUACUAUCGCAAUCAGAAAGAGCUUCAAUAACAAACAAGUGCAAAGAUAUGGCUGGAAAUAGUUGUAUACCAAGAAAUCGCAAAGAUCUUGAUCAUACAAAGUGCAAGCGCUAUGAGAAAUCUGUCAUUGAUGUGAUGAGUACAAUUUCAAGUAUGAUAAACCCAUUUGAAACAGAGCAAGAGGAGCUAAUAAGUUUGGCAAGUGGUGUAAUGGUUGGAAAUGAUGUUGGGGAUACUCUUCUGAACGCAGAGAACAUUGAAGAGCAACAGUUUUUGGAAUUUACGAAAACGAAUUUGUUGAGCGAAGACCCUGACAUCUUUACGAAGUUGAAAAAGAACAAACUUCAGACAUUUUCCUCAACAAAAUCCGUAUAUUUGAACAACAAAGAAGGAAAGAAGGUGAACAUCAUGUUAAACAGAAACUUGUUUGCUCGAUUAUUGGUCAUUGCUAAGAGUCGGCAUGUCGAUCUCAAUGAAUUGCUCUCGUACAGCCUUGGUACAUACCCUCUUUCGUUGUCUACGGCAACUGGAGGACUUGUGAAAACUGCCAAGUCUAAACUUGCUGAAGUAUUGGAAAAUGAAUCUGGAAAUCCAGAAGUCAAUGUUUGUGCAUUUAACAACAAUGCACUGAUUGUAGAUGCUAUGGCAGUUAUUCAGGCAAUGAAAGGAAAAUGGAAAACAUUUGGCGAAUUUGCAGAUGCUCUUUUAAACAACCUCAUAACGCUAGCACGAAAGUAUAAUUCCAAACGAUUAGAUUUCGUUGCAGACAGGUAUCCUCUGUUGAGUAUAAAGAAUGCUGAGAGACAACGAAGAGCUGAAAAAGGAGUCCAGAAAGUUCACAUCUUUGGAAAAGAUCAGAGUGUUCCAAAACAGUGGAAAAAGUUUUUAAGUUGCGGUGAAAACAAGGAAUCCCUCAUAUCUUUCUUAUGUGAACACUGGAGGUCAUGUAACUCCUCUCGGUGGUGUUCCAUUUCAACUAUGUACGUAACUGCUGAAGAAAGAUGCUAUGUUUUAUAUCCCGGUGAUUCCCCGAACGAUCGUGUUACCAGUAAUGAGGUGGCUUCGCUUCAUAGCAACCACGAAGAAGCAGACACUCGUUUAAUUCUACAUGCUAACCACGCAGCAGCAACGUACGAUAAAGUUAUUAUCAACAGCCCUGAUACAGAUGUUCUUAUACUUGCGAUUGCCAUGCAACAACAGAUACAGAAAGAGAUUUUCUUUUUGACUGGCACGGGAGAUAGACGUCGUUGCGUAUCUGUAGCAAUUAUCUCAAAAUUCUUGGGCGUGGAUGUUGCUCUUUGUUUACCAGGCUUUCAUGCUUUUACCGGUUGUGACAGUACGAGCUCUUUUCACGGAAAGGGGAAAAAAACUGCGUGGAAAACAUUGGCUGAAUUUCCUGAGUUUGUUGAGUGCUUUUCAAUGCUUGGAAGAAACUUCCCUCCUUCAGAAGAUCUUGUCAAUGAGCUGAACAAAUUUACUUGUUUAUUGUAUGGAGACAAAGCCUCAACAAGUGUGGAUGACUCUAGAUAUGCCUUUUUUAAGACAGGAAAAUGUUCCGAUGACGUCUUGCCUCGAACUUGAGAUAGCCUUGUCCAACAUAUAUAUAGAGCAAAUUUUCAAGCAGCAUCAUGGUAUCAGUGUUUAAGGGCAGAAGUCGAUCUUCCAUCACCUGCUGGCAAUGGCUGGACGCUUGACGAUAAAGAGCUGGAGAUAACCUAAAUGACACGCCCACCCGCUCCGCGAUCUUUAAUUGAGUGUGUUGAGUGUAAAUGCAAGACUGGGUGCUCGACCAUGCGUUGUUCCUGCAAAAAGGCUGACUUAAAGUGCACCGACCUAUGUUCGUGUGGUGAUUGCCAGAAUGCAGUUGUUGAAGAUGGUAAUGACGAUGAUAGCAGUUAUGGCCUGGCUCAAUCUGAUGACGAUGAUGAACUGGAUCUGGAUUUCGGAGAUGGCGAAGAUGAUGAGUUGUGGUAUUAGCUGUCCAAUUGAAAGAGUUAAGUUGAACAUUUUAUUUGUGUCCUAAACUUUUAAGGUGCUCGUAGUUCUCCCACAAUUUAGGGCAUGGGAUAGCAGGCAAGGGUCACGUAAUCUCGCAAGAAAUAUCGAAGAUUUUAUUGUUAAAUGUACAUAUAUUGAUAUUUGGUUGACAUUGAUUUAAUAAUGCGUUAUGUUGUUUCUGUAUUACAUAGUUUUAACUAGCAAGUUAGUUUAUUAUAAAGGAGAGGAGUAGCAUCAGUGUAUAGGGUUAGUAAGGCUGUAGGAUAAUGCGUUCUUUCCUUAUUUGUAAAAUUCCAGGCCUUGUUGUCUGCCAAGUUUGUGUCUUCUUUUCAGGUCAAAGAAAGAAAGAUCAUCACAAUGGAAGAGUUACCAAAAUUCAAUUACAAGAAGAAAGAGAAGUGCUAGCUUUUAACCUCCAAAAGCGUUGCUGCAGCAUGGGAGGGAGAACACGUUCCAGAUUUUUCCCGAGGGGUUUUUCCUGGUUUUCGUGUCCGGCUCAGCAACAUGGUAUUAAAACAUCAGGCUGAUAUCAACUUUGUGGAUUGAUGAUAAGAUAAAGGCGUUUGGUAAUUAACUUUUUCAAGAAACUGAGAUUUUGUAAAUAGUUUUGUUGAGAAAACGUGUGUAUUAUACUUGUAGUUAAUAUAAAACAAAGGUUAUGCUGAAAAAGUAUUGUGUAGUAACUAUUUUAUAUAACUUGACUAGAAACAAAACGCUCGUGGAUGAUUUUGAUGCGUGUAAAUAAAGUUGUUCUAA